CCCGCCUCCCCCUCCUGCCUUCUGCGCUCCGGCCCGCCCGGUUGCAGCCAUGGAGCAACCGCUGCUGCUGCUGACGCUGCUGGCCGGCCUGGGCACCGGCUUGGCCGAGCACCGGCCCGACUACGACCGCGAGGCGCUGCUGGGCGGCCAGGAUGAAGUGGAGGAAUUUUCCAAACUGAGCCCGGAGGAGCAGCAGAAGCGCCUGAAAGUGAUCAUAAGUAAGAUUGACGUGGAUCAGGACGGCUUCCUCACGGAAGGUACCUAUGAUGAUGAUGAUGAUGACCCUCCGACUAAGCUCAAUCACCGGCCGCUUUCUUGGGCUGGGCUUAGGUGGUCGUGUGAAUGAGACCCAGCCACAAAGCGUGAUCCGGAUUAGUUGGGUGUCCUUGGCUGGUGUCCAGUAUUUACAUCUGGGUUUUUGGGGGGGAGGGAAACCCCAUCCAUUGAGUAUGGUGGAUUCGUUUAACGACGGCCAUGCUCACUUCACCACCACCGCAAAAAUGGCUUGAAAUUGGUGUGUGUGUGUGUGUGACAUGAUGGACCACAUGGCUU